AUGGGUAACGUCCUUUCACCAAAAUAUACCUACGAGGAAUGUACGGCCGACUUGGGAGAGCUCGGUCAGCUGAAAGGUACAUUGAUUGAUGGAAGAGUAAAGAGAUUUGUAAAUGUCCCAUACGCGCUACCUCCUACUGGCGAAUAUCGAUUCAGGCGACCGAGGGCGCUACCUAAAGGAUAUUCUUAUGUGAAUGGUCAACCUCGAAAUGCCGUGGACUUUGGACUCCCUUGUCCUCAACCCACAUACACUUCUCUCCCUGUAUCUGAGCUUGCUGAGGAUGACGGAUCAGCAAAGGCUUUCCCUUAUGAUGAGGAUUGCUUGAAGAUGAAUAUCUGGAUGCCUUCCGGCCCACCACCUCCUGGCGGAUACUCUGUGUAUGCUUAUCUACACGGUGGCUGGUUACAGAUUGGAGAUCCUAGUAUCGAUCCCAAGAUGGAUCCCACAGAGAUGAGUAGCAUCUAUCUUAUAAGUACCGGAGGUCUCAAUUGCAUCUUCAUUUCAGUAGGAUACCGAGUCAGCGCUUUCGGAUUUUUAGCUUGUAAAGAGCUUAAAGACGAGACCCUCGACGGUUCAGUAGGAAACUACGGAUUGUGGGACCAAAGGGUCGCUCUGGAAUGGAUUCAUGAUCAUAUCACUGCAUUGAGCGGUAAUCCUAAGAGAGUCGUCCUGGGAGGUAGAUCAGCAGGAGCUUAUUCUACACAUGCCCAAUUGGUUCACGAAUGUUUACAAGCUCAACCUACCGAAGGCGGCUUGUUCCAGCGUGCUAUUUUGAUAUCAAAUGCAAUCCCAUGUUUACCCAAAACUGUCGAAGAAACUCAAACUCAAUUCGAACAGCUAUUAACCGCACUGGAUAUCCCAUUAUCUUUAUCUGGUCCAGAGAGAUUAUCAAGAUUACGAGCGGUACCUGCGGAAGCGUUGACCCGUAAAAUCAUGACCAUUGAACAAUUCACUUUCAGGACAGUACAAGAUGGUGUCUUUUUCCCCACGAGUAAGACUUGGUUAUACGAUGGUAAAGUAGCCGAAGAGUUCAAGAAAAGAGAUAUGGCUGCUAUCAUUGGAGAGGUACAAGAUGAGGAAACGCUUUAUCGAGAUGGUUUUAGAGUGACCGAUGAGAUUUCAUUAUACAAGGCUGUUAAUCAGUAUUACUCCACUACUGUGGUCGAUCAAAUGAUAGAUCUGUACUUGAAUCAGAAAUUCAAAGAACCGUAUCAACACCCGGAUCCUAAUCCAGAUAUUGAUUCGUACACCAAGGUACUUGGAGAUAUCACCUCAGACGGUCAAGUAAGAGCACCCAGUCGAUCAUUCGCUAGACAAUUGAGAGAUGCAGGUGUACCGCUGGAUUCUGUCCAUCGAUAUAUUAUCGGAUGGGUACCCGAUUUCGUCAUGCAGUUCGCUCCUCCCAAAUUUGGUGUUACCCAUGCGAUGGAUAGACCUAUCCACAAUUUCUCUAUUUUCCACGGACCAAAACCCCACGAAGAAGCUUUGAUGCGAGAAUGGAUCAAAGAUUAUGCAAACUUCGUUAAUUGGAGACCUGUCAAUUUCGGUACCGAUUUAUGGACCCAAGUCAAGGUCCUUAGUCCCAAAGAUAAUGGUAGUAUACGAAUUGAGGAUGGUCUCAAGUGGGAUUACCUAGAGAAGGUCUCGAAUGUUAUGGAAGGUAGAGCUAAAUCAUCAGCGUGA